CAAUGGCAAAGUAUUUGCAGCAACUAAAUAAUAUUUUAUUGGACAGAUUAAGUGAAAUUGGACAUUUUCCCACAGCACACCUGACGAUAUCUCACGGUACACUGGUGUGCUGCGGCACAGUGGUUGAAAAUCACUGCGUUACACCACUAGUUCUGUCAGUACAGAACCAAACAGUGAAUGAUAGUUGCUGCACUGCUUGUGUUUGUGCUGUGUUGGCUCACCUGUUAUGAUUGUGUGGUGUUUAGAGUCUCCAGCUGUUCCAGAAGCAGAAGAUAACAGACCAGCCUGCAAACAAGAAGGCCAGACUGGAGGAGAUCCAGUCGCCCAAUAAGAAGCUUCCUCCAGAAUCUACUCCCCGAGUCAUGUUUACAGGCUUUGAGCCCACACAAGUACAGCAGUACACAAAGAGGUUACACGCUUUAGGUGGAGAAGUAGCAGACAACAGUCAGAAAGUCACUCACCUGGUGGCUAGUAAGGUGACUCGCACCAUCAAGUUCCUCACUGCCAUGUCUGUGGUCAAACACAUCGUCAGCCCAGAGUGGCUGGAGGAGAGCUGGAGGAGCCAGAAGUUUGUGGAUGAGCAGAGCUACACUCUGAGGGAUGCAGAGGCAGAGGUGUUGUUUGGCUUCAGUUUGGAGGAGUCACUAAAGAGAGCACACAGCGCACCGCUCUUCAAGGGGAAGUACUUCUAUCUGACCCCGGGGAUCUGCCCCAGCCUCAGCACCAUGAAGCCCAUCCUGGAGAGUGCUGGAGGGAAACUGCUGGCCAAACAACCCUCCUACAGAAAGAUCAUGGAGCAUAAACAGAACAAGGUCCUCCAAAAUACCUGCAAUACUUUAAAAUGCACCCAUCCACAGUCUGUCCUUUUAUGUCCUGAAAAACACUGAUUCUUCUUUAAAAUGCUUUUAAUAUGCAGCACAAUUAGGUUGGUAAAAUGACAGUGAAGAGGUUUUAAUGGUACCUAACAUACCAAAUUUAUCAAAAGUCCUUACAGCCAAUGAAUGGAAGGUGGUGUUAUUUAAGUGGCAAUGUGUAAUUCAGCAUUUUACCUCUAGAGGUGUCAAUACAAUCUAAAUUUACAGUCAUCAGUUAUAAAAUAAAAAGCCAACUACUAACUAACAGCAGUGCAAGAAUACGUGAAAUCAGCCAAACUGCUAAAACUCUGAGAAGCAAACAACAUUGCUGUCUUCUAAUCUUCUCGCGUGCCGUCGGCCUGUAGUUUACAUUAGCUAUCUAUGUAUUUGUGCCACCAACCGGGUCCGUCUGCGCUUUGAUAGUUGUUUAUUGGAUUAAAACCAAAGUGGCAGAAACGAGAAAACGACUCGUAUUUUCGUUUUUUCCUCCCCGACACCGGGAGACUACUUUGCAGUGAGAACAACUGGUUGUCCAGGGAGACAGACCUUCAGUUAGCAGCUGUAACAACAGAAAUUUAGCCAGAGCAAAUGCCAGCACCGGGACUUUCAGACUUUCUGUUGCUUCCGUUACACAGGUUAGACCCAGCGCUCCAGCAGCCUGCUGUGACUCCAAACACUGGGAUUUGUGCUGACUGAAUGCUAAUUGUUACAGCUAACCGCUAACUGAAAGUCUGUCUCUUGGAGCCGCAGCCCGCCCUCCUCCCUGUGAAGUACGUUAGUCUCCUGGCAGCGGGAGACUUACGUUUGGAUUUAAUCAAAUAAACAAACCCUUCAAUGUGUUUGACAAGCUCUCUGGACAGCUCUGCUUCUUCGUCCUCUCAUAUUGGACUGAGGGCACACUGUGCAUUACAGUGACUCACUAUCGCCUGUCGUGGAACAAGUGGUAUUACAAGACAGGAUGGGCCAGGGCUAACUGGUUAGCAUGCUCAAUUCAGUAGAUAUCUCUGCAACACAAAACAUAGCAGGGCGCUGGCCCGGGGCAAGUAAACUCUUGAAAAAUUUGUAAAAACAUGCGUUGGGAGAUCGCCUUUAAUGCUUUCAGUCUCCGAUCACGAUAAUGCUACAUUGUGAACAUUAAGUCUGUUGAAAUCAGCAAAAGGAGAGCUAGUUAACGUUAACAGUCCUGCUUGGCUAAAUAGCUCACAGCAUAGCAACAUUUGGAACAACUAACUUAUUCAGACAGGUAAACCUAUUAUAUUGUGAUUCAUGGUCAUGAAUGCUGCUCAGAUUAAUCACAGUGACGUGCUCUUCUGCCGACAUCACGGAGUCUCUCCCUACAACAGUCCUGCUUAUAAAGCAGCUAACAGUGAAUGUAUGGAGGUUCCACUCCGUUACAAUAUGUUGCCUUCAAGCUGCAAAAAACAAUAGAAAAUGAGUAUUGGGCAACAGUAAAUGACAACAUUAUCAUGAUGUGUUCAAAUGUAAUCU